AUGGAAACCCUGCGCCUGGCUCGCGACAAUGUGUUUACUUCCGCUUUCGGUGUUUUCUCGUAUGCGCGUGAUGCAGCCGUGCGUCAUGGACAGCAAGUACAAUGCAAGGGAAGUGGGUUGACCGGGAAAAAUGUGGGAGACGGGGAAUUUCGCCCGGACACGGCGAAAGAUGCCCUGGAAACGGGCUUUUUGAGUGUAUAUGAGGUGAAGAGCUCUCGGAGUGCUCUCGGCAAGCUGGCUAUACUCUCAGCAAUGAGCUCUCAGAGGCCAGACGACCAGAAUUAUGAGGACGUUCCUCCGUCAUACGACGACGCUGUCAGAGACCUACCACCAGAAUACGCUACGCUUUCGCCAUUUGCCCGGCGAAAGGAUUUUGUUCACGAUUCUGCGCCACCCAAAUAUACCCAAGAUACCAAUUCCAAAUCUUCGCCCGGUGCCGUCGAUUUCGAUAGCUCUUUCGGAAUUCGAGAACGCAAGGGCGCGAAAAAGAAGAAAAAGCCGGCGGCGGCGCCCCAACGACAGGCUACACCACCGAACGACGACAGCGACAAAAAGGAUAAGGGCGCGGAUGAUCCAGGUAACGGCGGAGAUCCUCCGGCCGAUGGUGGUGAUGCCGGCGACGGGAACGGCGAUGGCGGAGACGGCGGUGGUGGCGGUGGUGACGAAGGUGGAGACGGCGGAGAGGACGACUGUGAUGCUUGGAACACGAGCAGCAGCAAGAAGAAGAACAAAAAGAAAAAGAAGGAAGAGGAAGAAGAGGAACUAAAGCGGAAAGAGGAGGAAGAACAAGCGGCCAAAGAGGAAGAAGAGCGGAAAGCCAAGGAGGAGGAAGAACGAAAAGCAGCAGAGGCGGCGGCGGCGGCGGACAACAACAAUCUGAGCUGGGCAGAUGAUCCCGACGGUCAUGGCGAUGACUCGUGGGCUGGAUUUGCCACGGCGGGGAAGAAGAAGAAGAAGGGCAAGGCGGAUUUGUUGGGGGCUGACCCCCCCUCAAAUUCAUUCCAGGACAUCAGCUUAGGUGACGGAGCACCGCAACUAGACUUGAGCCUCGACCCUCCGGGUGGGAAGUCUGCCGGGACCGAUUUUAAUUUUGGCACUGGCUGGGGCAAAGGCUGGGGAAGCGGGAGCAAAUGGGGAUUGGAUGCCUUGGGAGACAUGAACGGUGUCAAAGAUGACAAAGGGAAGGACAACAAUCCCUGGUCGCUCGGUUCUAAGGAUCCUUUGAAAGGCUCAGUUGGUUUCGAUUUCGGCGGUUUCAGUGACCCCCCACCGGCCGAACAAAGCGCUCCUGCGGAGGAGCCAAAACCCGAAGAUGAUGACUGGGGAGGCUUUACUGUCAGUAGCAAGAAAGACAAGAAGAAGAAGAAAAAGGGCCUUGUGGAAGAAGAACCCCCCAAGGAACCUGAGCCUGAGCCAACUCCACCCCCAGAGCCUGAACCCGCACCCGAACCGGAACCAGCUCCGGCAGCAGACAUGGCAGGACUCUCCAAGAAGGAGAAGCGCAAAGCAAAGAAGGGGAAAGCUGCAGAUGAACCACCGGCGCCUGAGCCAGUUGCUGAGGAGCCUAAGAAUGACGACAUUUGGGCAGAGAUCGACGGUAAGAAGGACCCAGAACCGGAGGUUGCGGAUGACAACGACUGGGGCUGGGGCCUAUCAACCAAAAAGAAGGACAAGAAGAAGAAAAACGCGGUUCUCGAGGAACCGGUGAUAGAGGAGCCUCCGCCAGCCCCGGAAUCGCCACCGGAGCCCGCCGCGGAAGAGAAGAAGGAAGAAGAUGAUUGGGCCGGAUGGGGGGUUCCAGCUAAGAAGGAUAAGAAGAAGAAGAAAGGCAAGCUGAUCGAGCCAGAACCUGAGCCAGAACCUGAGCCAGAACCUGAGCCUGUGCCUGAGCCCGAACCCGAACCUGUUGUGGAACCGGAACCUGAACCAGAGCCAGAGCCAGAGCCAGAGGUCCCUGCACUACCCGAUGACCCUCUCUACAACAAUUGGGAAAACCUGUCUUCCAAGGACCGAAAAAAGCGAGAAAAGUCGCUGAAAAAGAAAGGCCUUCCCGUCCCAGGUAUAGACAUUAUAAUUCCUCCGCCGCCACCUCCAAAGCCCGUUGAACCCGAGGAGCCCAUAAAGGAGGAACCUGUCGCAGAGCCAGAGCCUGUUGUGGAGCCUGAACCCGAGCCGGAGCCAGAACCAAUUCCCGAGGUGGUCCCUGAGCCGAUUAUAGAACCAGAGUCGGUCGUCGAAGAGGACAGCUGGGGAAUCUGGGGCUCUUCGAAGGACAAGAAGAAGGCGAAGAAGAGCAAGAUCGCCGAGGAACCCCCGCCACCGGCACCAACUCCACCUUCCCUUGGAUUGGAUCACGAUAUCAACGCAUUCGCUAUCGAAGAUGUACCCGAGGAACCCAUGCUGGAUGACCCUCCUCCCAAAUCUUCGAAAAAGAAGGGAUUAGCUGCAGAAGAGCCUCCCGCUAAGGCCACUAAGGGAGGAGGAUUCUGGUCCGCCUUUGGAGCCGCAACUCUGGGCAAACCCAAGGCCACGAAGAAGAAAUCCGAGGAAAAGCCCAAGGUGAUCGAGGAGCCGAAGGAGCCCGAGCCUUCUCCGGACGACGCUGAUUUGCUCAUCGAUGUCGGUGACGAGCCUAAGGAACCCGACGCGCCUGCCGCGCCUGACCCGCCUAUAGUAGAAGAGCCGGCAGCCGCGCCGCCAGCGAAGACACCUGUUGUCAGCUCCAAGUCCAAGUCAUCAGCCAAGCUGUCCGUUGCUGAGCGCAUUAAAGCCCUUGAGCAGACCAAGAAAGAUAAACUCAAAGACAAGGCUGCCGGGAAAUCUAAGACGAAAGAAGCCAUCCCGCCCCCAGAGGAUCCUCCCGAACCGCCUCAGCCGGACCCGGAGCCAGAACCGGAGCCAGUAGAGGAACAGAAGGUUGCACGAGACUCGGUCCCGGGAAGUUUCCCUGACGCUUUUGACGACGACUUCGAAGACCCACCGCCCCCUGCGCCGGAGCCUGAGCCCGAACCGGAGCCCAAGCAGGAACCCCCACCGCCAGUUGAGCCUGAGCCGGUGCUCUCGUCGAAGAAGACCAAGAAGAAGGACAAAAAGAAAGGAAAGGUUGUCGAACCUGAGCCGGAGCCUGAGCCUGAACCAGUCCCUGAGCCGGCUCCAGAGCCCCCACAGGAACCAGAACCAGCGCCCGAGUCGGAGCCAGAACCCGCUCCCGCCCCGGUUUCUAAGGCGGAUAAGAAGAAAAAGAAGAAGGGCAAGCUCGUUGAGCCUGAGCCCGAACCUGCACCGGCGCCAGACCCUGAGCCUGAGCCCGAGCCUGCUCCUGCAGAUGAGCCCCAACCGGAAGCGGAGCCGGAGCCAGUUCCAGAGCCCGAAAAGCCCAAGAAAAAGAGCAAGAAAAGCUCAACCUCGAAAGGCGUCAUGUCCUCUGCAGAUACUCCACCUCCAGAUGUGACCGCGGCUGACGCGCCACCGGAGAAUGAUGCCGGUGGCCCCCCGACACCGCCGCCCGAGCCUGCUGCGCCUGAAAGAUCGGCCAAGAAGGAGCGUGCCCAUAUCGACCGAACGGCAGGUGCCGCUUCCUGGGCAUUCUGGGGCGCUGGAGCUCCUCCACCUAAGAAAUCAGGUCAUCGGGAAUCCAGGCACCGACGGGAACAGUCCCCCGGGGCUGCGAGGGCCAAGUCCUCGAGACACGGCCGACCUCGUGAGCAGGAGAACGAGAUGGAGAAGUCAUCGACAUCUGAAAAGGACAAGCGCAGAGAAGCCAAACUCAAUCGAGGAACAGCCUUCUCAAAAUUUAUCCUUGGAGGGCCUCCUCCACCUUCCCGCACCAAGUCGAGCCGUCGGAAUGGUCAUUCAGCCUCAAAGCCCACCUCUAGACGACCAUCAGUCGAUAUGAACGAUGCUGGAAUCCCGUCGCCCCCGCCAGACGACGGACAGGAGAUACCUGAUAAAGCGGCGCGAAUGAUGGGAGCAUCCGGAACAAAGCGAGAAAGGCCGCGUGGGACGCGGACGAAAUCAGGUGGUGUUCGGGACCCGUACGCUUUGGACGACGAAGACAUGGUCAUGGUGGAUCGAGAAGAUGUCGAGGGGUAUCCGCCAAAGACACGCUCCCGCGAGUCUAGGCAUUCGGAGAAGAGGUCAAGAAGACAGUCGCGCUCGAGGCCCGAGGAGCUUCAGGAAGAUGCUGUUAUGGUUGAUGCCGAGCAGGCGCAGCAGGGACCGGACGUCUUUUCUGGGCCGGAUGACAUCGCGUUUGUCGAAGCCCCACCAAAGGAGCCACAACGUCUCAAACGCUCAAACACCGCCUCGAAGAAACCUGAAACGGGCGGAUUGAUGGGGCUCAUCGGUUCGUUGCGGAGGACUGCGCGUGCGGAGCCGCCGGAACGUCACAAGUCUCGCUCUCGCCGUGACGAGGAUGCGAAGUACACGACGGAUCCCGAACGGGACGAGGCUCGCCGUCAGCGCCGUGAAGAACGAAGGAAACGCUCGGCUCGCCCGGAAAAUGAGGGUGACGGCUUCAUGACCGACGCGCCCCCAGCUGAGGAAGUGCCAGAAGCGCCAGUAGACGAUGUGGAAGCUAGGAGAGCUGAGCGAAGAGCUCGACGUGCCGCGAAACAGGCCUCUUUGGACCAAGCCCGCGAGAGUGAAAUGCGCGAGGCCGAGGAGAGGCGCGCCAGACGAAAGGAGCGAGAGAUGGCUCGGGAGCGAGAGAUGCACGAUCGACAGCUUCGCGAAGAGGAAGAGCGGGAGCAGAGACGUCAAGAAGAGAAGAGAGCACGUCGGGCUGCUCGUGAAGAGCGCCGAGCUCGUGAAGAGCAAGAGGCCCGCGAGGCGGAAGCCCGAGCUGAAGCGAAAGCUGCGGAACGCCGUGAGAGGCGUCGACAGAGAGAUGCAGAAAUGCAGGAGAACUCCAGGUCGCGGCGUCACUCGCGCGUGGAUGACCACGUUGCUCGGGAUUUCUACUACACCGAGGAUCCUCACGCAGACCCGGCUCGUCGUUACCGGCCGGGAGAGGACCCGGAGAGAUCGAAUCGGCGAAGAUCCAGGGCCCCGGAAAUGCCCCGGGAACAACCGCCGCCGAUGAUGUCUGGCGGACGCAGAGAUAAGAUCUUUUCUUGGGUCGAUCAACAAAACAUCAACCCUCCGGAGCCGCCGCCCCUUGUGGCUACUGUACUGGACAUGCCACCUGGACCGGAAGAGCAGGUCAAUGCGCACUCGAUGUCCUCGGACGAGGAAGCUCGUCGCGACCUCCGCCGCAGAGCCCGCAGACGGGCACGGUAUCCGGGACUGACAGACGAGGAAAUCAACGACCUGCGCGAGAAGAAACGCGAAGCACGCCGAUCCGACCGGGAUGGCCAGAAGAGCAGCUCUGGCAGUGGCGACUACGAGCGAGAUCGGGGCAUGAGACACGACCGCUAUGCUGCGCCGCCACCGCCUGCGUCCGGUGGGAAAAUGCCCAACUGGUUCAAGAAACUCACCAGUCUGUGA